CCGGCCCCAGUCCGGCGGGCGGACCGCGGCUGCCCCAGGGCCUGGGGUCCCGGCAUGAGCGGGGCGCGGGGCGCGGAGGGGGCGCGGUGCCAGGCGGCGCUCGCGGUCCUGGCCUCGCUGUGCCGGGCCCGGCCGCCCCCCCUCGGCCUGGACCUGGAGACUUGUCAGAGCUUCGAGCCGCAGACCCCGGAGCGGAGUCCGAGCGCGGCCAACGCAGCUGCGCUGGCCGCCCCGGAGGAGCAAGGAGCCCUCCAGCCCCGCUCCUGCUGAGGCCCCCGGCCCCCCAGGCGCCAUGGCGGACAAGCUGAAGGACCCCAGCGCGCUGGGCUUCCUGGAGGCGGCCGUGAAGAUCAGCCACACGUCCCCGGACAUCCCGGCCGAGGUGCAGAUGUCCGUCCGAGAGCACAUCGUGCGCCACACGCGGCUGCAGCGACAGACCACAGAGCCCGCGUCGUCCACCAGGCACACGUCCUUCAAGCGCCACCUGCCCCGGCAGAUGCACGUGUCCAGCGUGGACUACGGCCAGGAGCUGCCGCCGGCCGCGGAGCAGCCCACCAGCAUCGGCCGCAUCAAGCCCGAGCUGUACAAGCAGAAGUCGGUGGACGGGGACGAGGCCAAGCCCGAGGCCGCCAAGAGCUGCGGGAAGAUCAACUUCACGCUGCGCUACGACUACGAGGCCGAGACCCUGAUCGUGCGCAUCCUGAAGGCCUUCGACCUCCCCGCCAAGGACUUCUGCGGCAGCUCGGACCCCUACGUCAAGAUCUACCUCCUGCCCGACCGCAAGUGCAAGCAGCAGACGCGGGUGCACCGCAAGGCCCUCAACCCCACCUUCGACGAGAGCUUCCGCUUCCCCGUGCCCUACGAGGAGCUGGCCGACCGCAAGCUGCACCUCAGCGUCUUCGACUUCGACCGCUUCUCCCGCCACGACAUGAUCGGGGAGGUGAUCCUGGACAACCUCUUCGAGGCCUCCGACCUGUCCCGGGAGACCUCCGUCUGGAAGGACAUCCAGUACGCCACGAGCGAGAGCGUGGACUUGGGGGAGAUCAUGUUCUCCCUCUGCUACCUGCCCACGGCGGGCAGGCUCACCCUCACCGUGAUCAAGUGUCGGAACCUCAAGGCCAUGGACAUCACAGGCUACUCAGACCCUUACGUCAAAGUGUCCCUGCUGUGUGACGGGCGGAGGCUGAAGAAGAAGAAGACCACCAUCAAGAAGAACACGCUCAACCCUGUCUACAACGAGGCCAUCAUCUUCGACAUCCCGCCCGAGAACAUGGACCAAGUGAGCCUGCUGAUCUCGGUGAUGGACUAUGACCGGGUGGGCCACAAUGAGAUCAUAGGAGUCUGCCGUGUGGGGAUCAACGCGGAAGGCCUGGGCCGGGACCACUGGAACGAGAUGCUGGCGUACCCGCGGAAGCCCAUCGCGCACUGGCACUCCUUGGUGGAGGUAAAGAAAUCCUUCAAAGAGGGCAACCCUCGGUUGUGAGUGCAUUCACGUGGAUGCUGCGAGCAGAGACUGCCUCCCGGAGUAGGACACUGGCAGGGCCGCGCCGCCAGCUUCGACAGCGAGAGCUCGUGCCCCUCUCCGAAGCCGCCUCCGACACCGUGAGCCGCACGGCCGAGCCGCACCGACGGGACUCGGCGCCGUCCUUUCUGCACCUGCUCAGCCGUCUCCGCACAGAGCCGUGCGGUGGGCGCACCGGGGGCGGCGCGGCGCGGGGUCCUACCUGCUCCUGCGUAGGCCAAGGCCGGGGCACUUGUCCUGCGGUCAGAUCCGUCUUCGUCUUUUCUGUCUCCCAAGGUGAUUUUCUUUUGUGUGUGUGUGUGGUUUUCCCUUUUUAUGGAUCUGCUGUCAAGAGAAGAAGAAAAGGGAAAGUAGGCAAAAGCAGAGUGGAGAGCCCGGAAGUGGGUCAGUAAAAUACAGUGUAACAUAGUCUUCUUUUUGGGGAAAGGUGACGUGGAUGGCUGCAAUGUUGUGCCUCCAUCAAGUGCCACUACCCCGGAGGGUGGAGCUGUGGGCUCCCUCUCGGCGGCCUGCAGGUGCCAAUCCAGGCAGGAGCCGUUGGGGGACUAUUGGGAGCUCUUCGCCCUGGGACACAAGCCGAGAUGGACGCCUGGUCCCUAUGGAAGCCACAGCGCCCUGGCGUCUGGGAGCCUCGAGGAGGUUGUACAGGGCCCCUCGCGCCCCUUCUCCACGGGCUUCACUCGUGAUGGGAAAAGGUCUUGACCCCUCCUGGGAACUAGGUCCCUCCCUUCAGGAAUGAUUCUGCCCAAACGAAACGUGCCCUGUGUUUUCGCGCGCCCCACCGUGAACGACCGUGCUUGUUCUCGAAAAUGACCUUCCUUGUCAAGGGAGGUACGUGUGUUCUGGAAGGAUUUCUGUAUUAUGCACGGCUUUGUAAUGCCACGCGGUACCAAGCAGCUGUUUAAAAAGCCUAAGAAAACCCGAGGCCAAAUGUCCUUUUCUGGAUGGGGAGGUGUGCAGUCCAAGUAAUAGCGGGAGCAUCUUUCUAUGAAGAGUGUCUUCUUGGUUUCUCUUAAGCCUAGUUCAGCCCCUUCGACUCUGGGGCAAUCUUCAUCUCGAACUUUAGUUCUGUAAACUAUUGAGUACUUCUGUGUUUGCUGUUUGUUUCAGUGGUAAUGAAAGUGUUAUUAUUUGUGGGUGUUUUUUUUUUUUUCUUUAGAUAUCUACCUUAGGCCAAGUUCAGUUUAGGAAAAAUAUAUUUAAACUCUUCUGUAUUGUCAGAGUACAUUUCUGUUGAGUUGGCCUCCCCGUCCGCCCACCCCCCACCCCCCGGAACUAGGUUGACGUGCUCAGCUCAGUCUGUGGAGCCUUUGUCAAUGGAGAAGGAGUUUCCCCUUCAACGUGUGCUCAGACAGAGCCGUGUGUGCGCCCAAAGGCGGGUCUGCUGAAGAACCCCUUCUUUCAACCACCGGAGGCCAAGAACGUGCAGGCUCUUCACGCACCUGUGUCUUAUUCUUUACGCCUGCUGUAUCCUGGAGGAGCUGCAACUCAAUGAAAUAGCCCUCAUUUCAAAGCCAAGUUACCAGGCUUCUCUGCUGAUAACACCUUUGGGCAGUGUGUUCUGGUCCUAAAAAAUGGCCAGAUUGGGCACGAGGUGACGGGAUGUGGUGGCAGAAGACAUGUUAAGCUUAGAAAAGUAAAUGUAGGCAAACCCCAACUCCCCAUUGUACUGAGCCUUCAACUUAGGGGCAACUGAGUCAUUGGUAUAAAGAUACAUUUUCUUCCCAAAUGUCUUGUGGUGGGCAGAUAGGCCUUCCUGGUUAGGCAGUCUGCAGCGGAUGUUCUCUUGAGAGUACGAGGAAAAAACCAAGGUCAUGGCAAGAUUUACAUCCCGCCACUUCAUUUUUCUUGACUGACCCCAUCAAGAGGGCCAAUGAGCAGACGUUGUGGUUCCUGCAACCAUGAGGGGACACUUGAGUUUCCUGGGCCAGAAGGAGCCCGGAAGUGAGCUCACGUGCAUGCACGACCAGCUGUCAUCCACAACUUGUAGGCAUGCCUGCUGUGUGGCUCAGUGAUUGACCGCUGUUGACCCAAGAACCAGGAGGUCACGGUUCAAUUCCCGGCCAGGGCACAAGCCUGGGUUGCGGGCUCGAUCUCCAGUAGGGGGCGUGCAGGAGGCAGCCGGUCAAUGAUUCUCUCAUCAUUGAUGUUUUUAUCUCUCUCUCUCCUUCUCCCUCACUGAAAUCAAUAAAAACACAUUAAAGAAAAAAUUAAAACCUGUAGGUACUUACAGAUAACCACUCUAAACUUUUGGAGAAGGGAGUGUUAUUGGCGUGAAACUUGGACUAAUUACUGCUCUCAGCCAUCCCCCUUCUGUCCAAGCUGCUCUCUCACACAUGGUUUUGGAAAAUCACUUCCUGAGCAGACUAUGGUCAGCCCCCACGCCAGCCUAACCAGCUGCAGCCUCGGUGAGUUGGUAGAUUUCCACAGGCUGGGAGCACCCCCCCUCCCCUUCCUCAGGGGAAGCUGUUCUGACCGGAAGCCUCAAUGAAACCUGAAGGUCUGCCAAUUUCAUUAUCUGGCCCAACAUCUCCCAUAGACAAGAGUAAAAUGAAUCACAAGUUCCUGAAUAAAAUAAAACACAGGGUGCACUCGUUUGUUAGUUUCCUCGGCCAUGAGAAACCUCUUGGGCUGCUCCUGUGAGCUUUGCUGACGUUGGGAUAAUGGAGGCCUCGGACAAAGACGUUGUCUUUAAAACUGCAGCGCUGCCUGCUCCGUAUGCAGCGGUGUUCCUGGACUGAAACAUGCCUCCUCUCACCCCCGGCCCCCAUCCUCGGGAUGUUAAUUAAUUGCAUCGUCAUUUAAAAAAUGACAUUGUUAAUUACUGCCUCGCAUCUCCCUCCCCGUCACAGCCUGGAGUCUUUAUUCAAUUAAAUCUCUGUCUCUUGCCCA